UCCUAAUAAAAAUGGCGUCCAAUAAUUCACUUUGCAUCAUGUAAUAGAUGCUCCUUUCCCGAAAAUUUUCUAAUUCUAUGCCUGUGCUCUCGAAAACAGUGUACCGUGAUUUGACACAAACUUCAUACACACGUGAUAUCAGACAUUUCUCUUAAAAAGAUGGCAAAACUUUUGAAGCACUGAAAAACGUAGAUAAAUAAUGUCCGAUAUUGUGAAAGGUAACUGAAAUACAUAUAUUUUUUGUAUACAGUUUAAUUUCUUUGGCUCCACAGAUAUAGGAAAAUUAUGGGACAGACUUUUCGACCAUAGAGGAUUCUUGGGUGGUGAAAUUCAGCUGACUCUAGAAGAAUUUGAGGUACUUUGAUAUGUCAUUCUUUGGGUUCACUUCUAUUAAUACCCUUAUUUCUAAUGAAUUUAGAGAAAAAGGAAUGACAAAGAAGUGGACCGUCUAUUUGGCAUUAUAGAAGCUCUAACAGAAAUUAAAGACACAGAAGUCCCACGUUGUAAAGAAGUUGAGGUAAUAGCAGAAAAAGCAAAUUUAGAGCUAUUGGAGGCACUGAAAACUUGUGAUAACAUUCGUAGUUUGGAAGAAAAAUUUAAGCAGGAUACUACAUUAGAGAAUUUCAGAAAUCAGCACAAGACUGCUUGGAAUGAUUUUAUGGAUAGAAUAACAUCAAAAUAUUCUGAAAUCAACAACUAUUUUGAAGCAAAAGAGGAAGAACAGAAAAAGUAUUAUGAAGACAUUGAAAAAAAGUUCCUUAUUUGACAAAAUGAAUAUAGCUCAAAUAUCUAGCCCUUCAAUACUGAUAUCACCUUCUUAUAAAUUGAAACAGUACAUACAUAGCCUCACAAUUUCUGAUAACUUACCACAAGGAAUAAGUAAUAUUUUAUAUAAAAAUAAAGUCAAAACAAAUUUUAAGUCUGUAAAUAUUCCAUUUAUUUUAACAGAGGAUGACAAAUACUUUAUUAAAAAGUUCAUUUCAAAAAGCCAUAGUGAUUAUUUCAGCAAUUUAACUAAUAAUACUGCAGAGAUAGGUGAUACAGAAAAGUUACUAUCUCUGCAAGAUAUCUAUUGGUUGUAUGAACAUUUGCAAGAGAAAAACAAAGUGCAAGAUGAAAAGAUUUACUUGCAUGAACUGAUGGAAGGUUCUCAAAUUAUAUUACCUAAGAAUGCAUUGAUACCACGGAGCGAGGAGCUAGAGAAACGUUGUCAAAAGCUGAAAGCUGAACAAGAUAACAGAUUGUACCAUGAAAUGACCAAACAUGUAGAUAAUGUGAAGAAAACCUACCCAGAAGACACCAUAGGAUAUCAAUUGAAACAGAUGAACAGGAACCUCCUGGCGAUCUUCCAAUUUAUACUGUCCGUAGCUGCGGGAUUUGCGUUUGGUUUCAUAGGUGUAGAACUGAUAACAGGCAGUCUAGACUUUGGCUUUAGACUGCUGCUUGGCAUCAUAUGUGCUUUAACUAUAGCUUUAGCAGAGUUGUAUUUCCUGGCCAAGAAGCUUAAUGAGGAAAUACAGUUUGAACAUAGCAUACAGCAUCAACAAAAACAGUCGAAGCUAGAUUAGAUUUAAGGUCAUAUCAAGGUAAACACUGUAUUUAAUAUAAAUAAACCUAUACAAGGUGCUCCAUAACUCAAGUUGAGACACAAAGUGAUGACAGUUCAGAAAAACUAAUCUAGACUUGUAGUCUUUAAAUAUAGUAUCAAGAGUAUGCUGACAGCAUGUGUAAUGAUAUGCAGCUUGGGAAAGUAUUAUUUGACGUUAGAUCAGCAGAAAAUUAAUAAAAGCAAAAACAUAGUUGCAACUAACUAAUUUUUUCAGAAAUAUUUGAUUUAGAUUUUUGAAGCAAUCUUUUUUGAAGGAAUAAAACCAUACUGAGUCAUUUAUUCUAACCUCUUCUUAAUCAUUUGCUGAUAGAAUGUUAGAAAAUGCAAGCAGUCAUACUUGUAAUUUUUGUGUAACAAAUCGUAUUGUAGUGGUGUAAUAUUUGUAUAAUAUGAAGGAUAUAAUUUUAAGAUUUAAAUAUGCUAGGACUAGUACAUAAUAUGUAUAACAUCAUUACCACUGUUUAAAGCAGUUCCAUGUCAAGAUACAAUAAAAUCAAGGAAUGUAUAUGUAUAUAUUUUUGGAACUCCUUGAAAGGUCGUUUUUAUUUAUACUAUAGGUAGCAUAAUUAUAAGUUCUAUUUCCGCAGAAUGAUAACAUAAUUUGCAAAAUUUACGUGUUAGUUCAAAAACGAGAAACGUAUAAAAUCAUAUUAUGAUAAAUGUGUACAAAAAUUUCGAGUUUUGCUAUAUCACCAUAAGCAUCUUGAGAGCAGAUAGUAUAUUUUUAUGAUUAUGUAUAUUAUCACUUUACAAUUAUAUGUUUAGAGUUAAUAAAAUAUAAAAUACAUAUACAUAUAUUUAGAGGUUAUUUCGUAAGGAAAUGCUGAAGCAAUGUGAGUUGAAUACUUUCAGCAUUUUUCAAUCGUUAAUAUUUUCAUUCAGACCAUUGUUAUUAUCAUUUAAAGAUUAAUAAAAGCAAAAAAAAUAGUUGCAACUAAACAAUGUUUUCAGAAAUACUUAACUUAGGUUUUUGUAGCAAUUUUUCUGAUAAUAGUCAUUACCAGAUAUUGAUAGAUUGUUGGCGUCAAUUUACGGAGCAUCCUGUAUGUGAUGAGUUGAUUUGGGAGCUUAAAGCUCUGCUUUUCUUGAGCUUCAUGAAACGCUUUUCAAGGUCAACCUGAAUAUCAUAGCAUUUUAACAUCUUUUUUGAAGGAAUAAAACCAUAUUGGGUCAUUUAUUCUAACUUCUUCUGAAUCAUUUGCUGAUAGAAUGUAAAAAAAUGUCAUACAUGUAAUUUUUGUGUAACAAAUAGUAUUGUAGUGGUGUAAUAUUUGUAAUAUUUGGAUAAUAUGAAGGAUAUAAUUUUAAGAUUUAAAUAUACUAGGACUAGUAUAUAAUAUGCAUAACAUCAUUUCCACUGUUUAAAGCAGUUCCAUGUCAAGAUACAAUAAAAUCAAGGAAUGUAUAUGUAUAUAUUUUUGGAACUCCUUGAAAGGUCGUUUUUAUUUAUACUAUAGUUAGCAUAAUUAUAAGUUAUAUGUCCACAGAAUGAUAGCAUAAUUUGCAAAAUUUACGUGCCAGUUCAAAAAAAAACAUAAAAUUAUGAUAAAUGUGUACAAAUAUUUCGAAUUUUGUUUUAUCACCAAAUGCAUCUUGAGAGCAGAUAGCAUAUUUUUAUGCUAUUCAUUUAGAUUAUUUGUAUUAUCAUCACUUUACAAUCAUAUGUUUAGAGUAAGUUUCAAAGAUUUUAUUCAUACAUAUACAUAUAUUUAGAUGUUAUUUUGUAAGGAAAUGCUGAAGCAAUGUUAGUUGAAUACCUUAUUCUUCUCUUCAUGGAAAAUAUUUUCAACAUUUAUCUAUCGUUAAUAUAUUCAUUCAGACUAUUGUUACUAUCUAUUUGUUAUUGUUACUAAUUAUUUAUAUUUAUACAUAUUAUACACUUACAGUUUUUUUGGUAAUAUAAUAAAC